CUUAUCAUGCUCAGACAAACGGCAGUCGCGAGAAACCAAUGAACAGGUAGAGUAGAGCUAUUCGGAUCAAUGCGAUAACUGAAACUGGACUGAAUUUUUAGUUGAUAACUUUUAGUAAGUAAAUAGUGAAAAUCAUUCAGAAUGGCAUUCGGUGACGUUAUGCGAAACAUCGCGGAUGUCAUUCUGAACAACAAACUCAUCACGUUCCUCAGUGUGGCACUGUUUGCUUUCAUUAUUGCAACAAUUGCCCUAGCUGGCCAGAACAAUAGCAAUGCGGAUGCGUUGGCCGAGUGUGAGUAUCGAUUGCAGAACGCCAAUCCAGAUUCGACAACCACAAUUGAACCUGUAACGACAACGAUGAUAGCGGAAGAAACAACAACGGUGGAAGCGGAAGAUACAACGACAACAGUAUCGGGAGAAACAACGACGGUAACUGAAACGACAACGACGAUAGCGGAAGAAACAACAACGGUGGAAGCGGAAGAUACAACGACAACAGUAUCGGGAGAAACAACGACGGUAACUGAAACAACAACAGAGGCAACAACCACAACCACUCUGGAACCAGAACCAUCACAAGAAAAGCGUUCCUAAACUCCUGUAAUAUAUAAUCUGUUGAUUCCGUAAUUUGUAGAUGCAAGAAAAUAUCAUCCUGAA